GCGAUUCACAACACUAUUCAGAAAUCCAGGAUGGUCAUGGCAGCGAAAAUAUAGAAAUAAUUGAAUAAAGUAAUAAGAGAACAGACACUAUUUCUAGCCCACAGGGUAAAACAGUUCCCUCUAGCGGCCUUUUUACUCGAGUGUCGUCGUCGUUUCAUAUUUCUAAAAACUAGACCACAACAAAACCCCUCGAGUAAGUAAACCCUUUAUGAUAACAUCGUUAAAGGUACUACGAAACACUUAUUAGCAUACGGGAUUUGUCACAUUUGAGAACGCAGGAGCUUAACGUUACUGGCAGGGGAUGGCGCUGUUGUUACGGUUACCUCCUCAGGUUACAUUUAAUAUCGAUUGGCAACAGCUGCACCAUGGCACUGCAGUAUAGCUGCAUUGUAAAGUGUCCACAAGGUGGCGUAUUUGGCAGAGGUGGCAUAAAGAGACCUGUCACAAUUGUCAUCAGUACAUGAUGUUGGGCCAAGUCCAGAGAAGAAAAAAAGGUUUGAAAUGACAUUAAGGUGAGUAAAUGAAUUUAAAUUUCUAAUUUUAAAAUAAAUUAAUUCAUAACGAAUAAUUUUAAUAUGAAUAAUAAUUAUAAUUUGACAAACAUUAACACCGAAAUGAUUAUGUAAAACGAUGCUGUUUGAGGAGACAAUUACAGUUGCUGAUGUCAAUAAAAUAAAGAUAUAAACCGACAAUGGUACUACAAAUGUAUUAUUGAGCUAUUUAAUGAUUUGGGUGGCCCAACUGAAUAGGAUGAAUUGCAGUCUCAAGACCUUAAUGAGAAUAGAGACCAUGACAUACUUUAAUUUCCAUGUGCCAGUUUCACUUGUUAACCUAGAACUAUGUGUUCAAUCAGCAAUACUGAUGACAAAAUUGUUUUGUAAACUUAGUUACCAGUUCUGAAUAGGUAUCAGUAAAAAGAUCACUGGAGAGUCUCGUGUUGCUCUUUUUUGUCAAGAAGAACACACCCUUCUCCUCUGUAUAAAUACCGAAUCUGGAAGAAUCUGCAAGAACGGAAAGUGAAGUUACUUGUCAAGAGUUUGUGCAUCCAAAAGUUUGUCUCAGGAUGAUCAGGCUGCUCCAGUUAUUGUGUCUUGCAGGCGUCCUUCUACAGUGUGAAGGUCAAGGUCUCCAAACAUGCCUUGUUCACCCUACGUACAGACUGGCAGAAAAUGCCGAUAUAACAGUGACGUGUGGAACCGAUCAGAUGUUUUUAAAAGUUCUCCUGUGUCCAAUGUAUUUUGGGGGAUACAACGAAUCUCUAAUGGCCCUCAAUGCUAAGUUUAACAUCCCAGCCUGCCGUGGAGUAGCAGACUGGACCGUCAAUCCUCCCGUCUUGCUGUUUAACUUCUCAAUCUCUCAGGAGGCGCUCACUCUUUGUGGUAACAAUAUGAACAUUACAAGUCAAGUGGGCUCAGGAGUAUUCGCAGAGUACUCCCAAAUCCAGUCCGUUAAUGUCUCCGGAUUAAUCAAUUCCUGGGAUCCCAGCAUUAGCACAAUCACUUACAGACAACAACUGAUGUACCAGUUUUCUUGUCUGUAUCCUCUACAGUAUUUAAUCAACAACACAGAGCUCAGCGUGUCAGGAGUGAGUCUAGCUGUAAAGGACAACAAUGGCACCUUCGUCAGUACUCUAAGCAUGGGUCUUUUCAGUACUCCUGACUAUAGUAGCAAACUCCAGAUACCAGGAUCUGGGCUGCAGCUGAAAACUCGCAUAUAUGUGAAGGUCAAGGCAACAAAUCUCACAAACAAGUUCAAUGUGUUGCUGGAUCGUUGCUAUGCCACAACCAGCCCAUAUCCAGUCAGCAGCACCUCCUAUGAUCUUUUUGUUGGGUGUACUCGUGAUGCCCAGACAAAGAUCGACGCGAACGGGAUAUCCCAGGAAGCUCACUUCUCCUUUGAGGCUUUCCGCUUUGUGGAACAUAAAAACCUGACCAUCUCCACUUUCUACCUGCAUUGUGCUACCCGACUCUGUGAGAACUCCACUUGUGCCUUCUUGCUUCCGAAAUGCACAAGGAAGAGAGAAGUCGAAUCUCCAGAGUAUAAAUCUAGUGAUGUAGCCACUGUCUCCUCAGGACCAAUCAAAACCAGAGUCGACAACGGCAACGGUGUCCUUGUGAUCAGUAGAUAUACGUCAUCAGCAUCCAUCCCUCAACUGACGUAUGCUGGCAUAGCCACUGGCUUGCUGAGCUUCUUUCUACUUGACUGGUUGUCUACAUCAGGACUUGCAUGAUCUACAUCAGGAUUUAGGAAUUCCUUAUCUCUUGACAGACCACAACAGUCUUAGAAGAUCUCUCACAUGAUACAAAAAUGUGUGAAAAUAUAUGUGUCAGUUAUUAACACCUCUAUUUUUCAAACUGGUAGAUUGUUUUGUAAUGUUGAUCUUUUUGUCCUAUGUUCUAUGAUCUUCUAUGAGAACAAGGAAAAAGAGAAAAGAAACAUAUUCAGUAGGCUAUGUAGUAUACACAAUGCCUUUUUUAAACUGAAAAGUCUAUAAUGCAUGUAAUACUGCUUUUGGGGAAAAUAUAUGAACUAUGUAUGUAAUAAUUUAACAUUUAAACUUGAAUAAAAGUGUUAGAAACUG